AUGCAGUCCGCGCGCAUGUCAAGGUUCACUCAGGCACUUGCCGCAGCAUCUGUAGGGUUGACGGUCUCCAACCGUGGCGCCAGCGAGCAACUCCGCCACCCUCCUGCCAUGAGCGAGGAGAUGAUGAGUGCGAGCUUCGCGGCCACUACUUCUGCCGUGAACGAGGCAAGGACGUGCUGUCGGGCCCGCUGUGGGGGCAGCUGCAGGCCGCGUGGCAGCAGAGCUCCUGUGUUAGCCACCGGCGCAGCGACCACCGCGGCCGUUCCUGGCCCAGCGGAGCGCGAGAACGAGGCCGGGGAUCUGGUUGAGCCUGGCGAUCGCUUUCAGGCCAGCGUGGACGGGGCAGAGAAGCCCUCGGGAGGAGACCAGAAACUACCGCCACGCGACCCUGGAGCGCUUUGGAGGGCGGCCAGGGGCGUCGUUGGCAUGACCGCACCCUCGCCCCCCUACCAGCUACGGCGGACCAUCAGCCUCACUGCAGUCAACGACGCCCAGCGUUAUCUGGGUUCGGAAAGCCCAGGGAGUCCCAAACGCGAGGGAGGGGGCGGGUCGAAGCUAGACGACUCGCAGAUCCAGCGCACCUCAAUGCGCCUCGAGGGCCUCGAGAGCUUCAGCACCUUGGCAGCCUUAUUCACUGGAUUCUCGCUGCAGCUACUUUCCUCAGCCAUCAUGACGGAUCCAAUCGAUGGCCAUUCUGCCAUGAUGUUCCUCGUCAUCAGUUUCAGUUCGUUCGGCACUCUUUUGGCGUUGUAUGCAACCAUUGUCUUUGCGCUCUGCAGUCUCUACGGCAAGGCAAGCUUGGGUCUGAACAACGACGACGGCUAUUUGUCUUUCAUCACGUUUACGGCAGUGUAUCGGGAGAAGGCUUUUUUGUCCCUUCUCGCUUCCAUGCUGAGUCUGUGUGCCACGUUCAUGGCUUUACUAGCUUUGAGGUGCCCUUUGAUGACGUCUUGUACCAUCAAUGCAGGCGUUGCGUACUUCUGCUGGCAGUCUCAGGACCACGUGCGGAGAAUCAUGGGUGCUGCUCAGGAGCAUGUCUACUGA